AUGGCAAUUAAAACUGCAACUAAAAAAAUGAUUACUGUUCUAUGUCUUGAAGGAUGUCAUGGUUCUGGUAAAACUGAGUUAUGUAAAUAUUUUUCUAAAGCCGGUUUUACAGUACUAGAUGAAGCAUUCUUAGAUAUGCCAUCCUAUUCCAUCCCAAAUCAGACAUUAACAAUGGAAACAGUUUGGGUAUCCAAUUGGUUUCAAAGAUUAUUAAAAAUGGAACAAAUAGAAAAUAGCCAACAAUCACAACAAAAUAAUCAACAUUUAAAUGGUAAUUUUAAUAAUAGCUAUCACAAAGUAUUAAUAGCAGAUAGAUCACCAUACUCCGCCAUUUUGUACAGUCAAAAUAAUGGUCACUAUUUAGAUCCAAUCAUAUCAGAACAAAUUAAAGAAUUAAAAAAAUAUACAAAUAUUGAUAUCAAAACAAUAUAUUUAAAAGUUGACAAGAAUACCCUUUGGAAUAGAAUUCAAGAGCGUCUUGAAAGGGAACCAGAAAGAAAAAAAUAUAAUGAAGACAACUAUCAAUGGAUGAAUGAUACUGUUAAUUUUUAUGAAUCUCGUAAUUGGGACUACGUAAUAGACAACUCUUCAUUAUCAAGCGAUAAAAUAUUUAAUCAAAUAACAAAUCCAUUA